AACUCCCCAAUAAAAAAAAUAAAAAAUACUCCAUUUUCAUGGCCCAAAAACUUUUUUGGGAAGUGCAAACAAUGUCAAAUUUGGCCUGCUGGAGUGUAAUUAAUUGCUUCUGUAUUUGGACCAAACUGUACCCAACCUACCACAAACUUUACCUUUUCCCACCUUACUCCAAACCCGUCUGCAAUCAUUGCAUCUUCAUCUUCAAUCUCCUCCUCAUAUUGGCACUUCAAAUCAAUUAUUCCCAUAAACAGAUGAGAUCCAAAAUUUCAUGAUAUUUGAAUCCCAAGACUGGAACUUUAUUGUAUAUUUAUCUUCAUAUUCAAUCUGGUUCUUUUUUGGCACUUGUAAAUCAAGAUUCUUGAUUCACAUAAACAUAUCAGAUUCACAAUAUUGGACUCCAAGAUUGAAACUUUCUUGUGCAUAGUGUGAGAAAAAGAGUGAACCUCCAAAACCAAGAGCUUUUUUUUUUUUUUUUUCAAGAUUUGAAGAGAGAAUAUGGAACCACCACCACCAUCAGCAGCAGCAGGGGUAAAGGCUAGAGUUUUAGAUAUUCCACUUUAUGGGAUUGGUUUUGAGUUUGUAGAAAUUACACCCCAAAAAGUCACUGGUCGUCUUCCCGUGACAGACAAGUGUUGUCAGCCAUUUAAGGUGUUACAUGGUGGAGUUUCAGCUAUGAUAUCUGAGGCACUGGCAAGUAUGGGAGCUCACAUGGCUUCUGGUUUUCAGAGAGUGGCUGGAGUUCAUCUCGGUAUCCACCAUCUCAAGAGUGCUCAUCUUGGUGACCUUGUUUUUGCCGAGGCUGCACCAAUCAAUGUUGGGAAGAGUAUUCAAGUUUGGGAAGUUUGUCUUUGGAAGACUGAUCCAUCUGAUGAAGAAAACAAGACUUUGUUGGCAUCAUCAAGAGUUACUCUUAAGGUCGGCAUGUCUGUACCUCAAAAUGCCACAGAUGCUGCGGUGAAUCUCAAGAAAUAUGCUAAGUUAUGAUCAAGCUGGGUACAGAAUGUUGGUUAUAAAAGUACCUGUUGUAAACCCCUUGUUAUUGUCUUUAUGAAUACCAAAAAAAGAGUGGGAUCUACAUUAUCUAAUACUAAUUUCUUUUAUUUGUGUCUGA